UCUUUAGCUUUUUCUUAAACAAAAAGUGGAGCCUGAUCAACCCUUGGUUAAAACCCUCUUUCCCCACACACACACAAUCUUAUGACACUCUUCCCACAAACACAGAGAAACCAACUGAAGGUGUUGAUUCUCCGGUGUCACACAUCUAACUGAGGGAAAGAGCAGCCAGGCUGAUGAGCACCGGCUGGCUGCUCAUCAGGACAGGUGCUCUCAAUGAGAGGCUCGUUAGACGCACUGCAGGUCACAGUGUGUGUGUGUGUGUGUGUGUGUGUGUGUUUCCAACCUGUGCCCAUGUCUGAUACUCUGAAACAUUCAUUCACUGUUUGAUGAAUUAUUUACUCUUGUGCUGACUGAGUUACACACCAGCGUAAUAGAGAAGUGUGUGUGUGUGUGUUUGUUAUAGGAAAUGCGGCGUCUGUCAAAGAAGAAGAAUGUUGCCUUCACUCUGCUGUUUCUCAUCGGUGGAUUUUACUUCAUUAACCAUUCAGACUUCCUCAUUGCUGGUCUGAGGACGUCCUUGGAGCCCCCUCCUCGGGUGCUGACCUGGGAGGCGGAGCGUCCCGUCAGCAAGGAGUCGUGGGUGGAGCAGGGCGACUUUCUACCUCUGAAUGUGUCCUAUCAGCUGCUGGCUGGAUCUGCGUCCCCUCAGCAGAGGUUUUUAUCAGUUGGAAUCUCCUCUGUGAAGAGGCAGAAGGGCAGCUAUCUGAUCCCCACUCUGCAGUCUUUGUUCUCCCAGUCGUCUCCCGAGGAGCGCUCCUCCAUGGUGGUGGUCCUGCUGCUGGCCGACUUUGAUGUGAGCUGGAGGGUCAGUACGGUGAAGGAGAUCAGGGCUGCGUUCACCUCGGAGCUGGAGCAGGGACAGCUGCUGGUCCUGCAUGUUCACCAGGAGUGGUACCCUCCUUUAAAAGGUUUAAAGAGGAACUACAACGAUGCUCCAGAUAGGGUGUCGUUCCGCUCCAAACAGAACUUGGACUACGCCUUCCUGAUGCACUACAGCGCCGCUCUGGGUCGAUACUACCUGCAGCUGGAGGACGACGUCUCCUCAGCUAAAAGCUUCCUGAGCACCAUCAGGAGGCGCGUGGACGAGCAGGAACGCAAGACGGGGACAACCUGGGCGAUGCUGGAGUUCUCCACCCUCGGCUUCAUCGGGAAACUCUACAAGUCAGCACACCUUUCUCUCCUGGCCCGCUUCCUCUUCCUCUUCUAUCAGGAGAUGCCCUGUGAUUGGCUGAUGUCUCACUUCAAGACGCUGCUGACUCAGAAAGAACAAAUCCUGUUCAAGCCGUCGCUCUUCCAGCACAUGGGGACGUUCUCGUCCUUCCAGGGGACAUUCAACAAACUCAAGGACAAAAACUUUGAGGCCGGAUUCUUCAACAAUCCUCCAGCCGAAGUGUUUACCGACAUCUCCACCUACCAGAAACACUUCCCCAAACUGGCCUGGGAGUCCGGGGAGGGAUUCUUCUGGGGACGCUCCCCCGAGGAAGGAAACCAUCUGACCGUAGUGUUCGCAGAGCCCGCCGUGGUGACGAGGAUUCUCAUAGAAACGGGGUCAGGUGGAAAAGACCUGCUGCAGUCGGCUCAGGUGGAGGUGGGCCGUGAGGUGGUGUCCACGGAGAGGCAGGAGAAGACAUGUAAAGAGUUCCUGUCAGUGGGGACGUUAAAGAAUGGGGGCUUCGAGAUGCAGGAGGUGGACAAAGAGUUAAGCUCCGCCUCUUCCUGUCUCAGGAUCCUGGUGACGGCGUUGCAGAAGGACUGGAUAAUUGUUAACAAAAUCCGGAUCUCCAUAAAGUCCAGCUCAGGAGUGAAUCCGUCCUCCUGAUGGAUUCGAUCUGUUGGAUAAACUUUACGUGCCUUUUGAAACUCUUCAAACUCUUUAAUGAAACGACGUCUGACCAAAAUCUGUGAGAACUUAUCAUCUUCAUCAUGAGGAGAUGUUAAAGAUAAAAUUAUUUGUAAGAGAUUCAUGUGUUUUAUAUUUUUAUACAUUUAAAGAAGAGCUGUCAGCAUUGACGAGUCAAUCA